AUUGUGGGAGGCUCUGCCUGGGGAGACUACUUUCUGAGCAUAGGCCAUAUUUUAAGCGGUAUGUUGCGCCCUGGCGUCACAACAGUACCUACGUUAGUUCUGUAAAGUCACGUGAUUUCUGGGAAACGGGGCGUCUCCCUCUGCCCUGCGCGAGACAAGUAAACAACUUCUGGAUUUCCAGUCAAAGUGCUAUGCGGUGGUGCGCUCAGCUGUAGAUAGGAAACGGAGGAAACGCAACCUAAGCUAUGGCAUCUGGGAAAAUUCGCUCCACGCGCAGACUACGCGCUUGGAUGGUAGAACAGGUCAGCAGUGGGAAGUACCCUGGCCUGAUAUGGGACGACGACGACAAGACCAUGUUCCGUAUACCAUGGAAACACGCCGGGAAACAAGACUUCCGCAGCGAAGUGGAUGGUGCCAUCUUCAAGGCGUGGGCAGUGUUUAAGGGGAAGUUGUCUGAGGGGGGUCAUGCGGACCCUGCCUCCUGGAAGACGCGGCUGCGAGUUGCUCUCAAUAAGAGCCCGGAGUUCAGAGAGGAACCCGAGAGGUCACAGCUGGAAAUCUCCGAACCAUACAAAGUCUACCGCCUCGUACCCAUCAACGAACAAGCAUUGGGGAGUGUUGACAUGAAGGUUCAAGCCAGAGCAGGGGGGAGGAAGAGAAGGAGCUGCGAUUCAGACAUCGAGGUGGAGGAAGAGGUGGUGAAGGUCAAACAGAUGAAAGAGGUUACCACCUCCCUACCAAUCACCAUGCAGUCUGUUCAGGAGAUUGAGGAAAGUCUUCUUACAAUCCAGCUAGACCAGGUUGAGCCCUCGGUCAUGGUGAAGAGUGCUGGGACAGUCAAUGAGAUCCAGGUGAACUUCACAAUCGAGACCGUCCCUCCCCCUGGAGCCCAGGACUCUUUCCAUGUCUUAGUGAAGUACAUGGGAGAGGAGGUGCUUAAACGUGGGGUCAUGGGCAGCGAUGUCCGGAUCGCCUAUCUGCCCUCCUCGCCCGUUCCCCCCACCCUGAUGGUGGCUGGGUUCCCCCGCAUCCCCCUGCCCGACCCCCCCUCCACCUUAACCUCCAGCAUCGGGCCCCAGUUCCAGGCCCUCUCCACCCUGCUGCCCUUCUUGGAGAAAGGGGUGAUCCUGACCUCCACGAGAACAGGGGUCUAUGCUAAGCGCUACUGCCAGGGCCAGGUGUUCUGGACAGGGCCACAUUCAGCCACGGCGGGACCCCACAAGAUGAACCAUGCUGUGGAGCCCGUGCGGCUCUUCAAUAGAGAGGCUUUCAGAAUGGAGCUGGACCACUUCAGCAGCUACGGAGGAGACCCUCCGCAGUGUGGCUUCACCUUGUGUUUCAGUGACAAAGAGGACCCAUCCAGCAAACUCAUCAUCACACAGAUAACCCUACCCUGGGCUCAGCAGCAGGUCAAGGAAGCUGAAGACUUCCGGGAGUCAAUGACCUACUUCCGCAACAUAACCAGCGAAUCAGGAGAGGUCACCAUCAACCUGGUAUCAGGUUCAUUGCUAUCCGAGAUCCUUGGGACGUCCCUACCUUAAACAUUUAAAAAUGUCAACUUCAAAUGGGGGCAGGAUAGCAUGUAACAGUGCCUUGGCCUUUAGCAUCCAAUCACAGGACAUCAUGUAUAAUUGACUAGUCUUUUUUUAAAUGAAGCACUCUCUGAUCUGAUACUAAGGCACACAUAUGAUGCACUAAAUACUGGUCUGAAUAGCACUACAUGGAGUGGAAGAUGUCACUUUGGCUUAGCCCUCAGUAUUGCCCUUUACCAACUUGUGAUGUUAUACUGAUGUUCCAAACUCACUUUUAUAUGGAGUCAGAUACUUCUACUCCUCGUUGCCGUCUUUGAAUGCAGACUGGUACUGCGUUAGACACCUCUCCGUGUCCUCAUGUUGCUUACAUAGUGUACCUGUUGACCAAGUUGUUUUAAGUAGCAUAUGAGAGAAGCUCUGAAGCCAUAGUAGGCUGAAGGUCAGUGAUUUGAUCAUCACCAUGCCAACCGUUAAGAGGCGGGAAACCAACUUCUCUUCCAUUUUUGUUUCAGAAAGUGGAAACGCUUGUUAAGCACAUUUCUAUAGAGAACAUUAAUAUUCCUAGACUUUGAAGCAGGCUCCUUCACUAGAGACAUUGGACUCUUAAAGAUGUGUUUGCAAGAGCAAGUGAGUUUGUUUUGCAUUUGUUAAUCUUCUCUCCAUAACUCGGCACUUACUACUAGACCCAACCAUAAGAACUCAAUUGUGAUUGGGUAAACCUGCCAUGCAAAACUGAGCCAAUUAGUAUAUUACACAAGCCACAGUAUAAAGCAGGUGUGGAGACUGUUCUAGGGUUAUGGUGUGUGGAGACUGUUCUAGGGUUAUGGUGUGUGGAGACUGUUCUAGGGUUAUGGUGUGUGGAGACUGUUCUAGGGUUAUGGUGUGUGGAGACUGUUCUAGGGUUAUGGUGUGUGGAGACUGUUCUAGGGUUAUGGUGUGUGGAGACUGUUCUAGGGUUAUGGUGUGUGGAGACUGUUCUAGGGUUAUGGUGUGUGGAGACUGUUCUAGGGUUAUGGUGUGUGGAGACUGUUCUAGGGUUAUGGUGUGUGGAGACUGUUCUAGGGUUAUGGUGUGUGGAGACUGUUCUAGGGUUAUGGUGUGUGGAGACUGUUCUAGGGUUAUGGUGUGUGGAGACUGUUCUAGGGUUAUGGUGUGUGGAGACUGUUCUAGGGUUAUGGUGUGUGGAGACUGUUCUAGGGUUAUGGUGUGUGGAGACUGUUCUAGGGUUAUGGUGUGUGGAGACUGUUCUAGGGUUAUGGUGUGUGGAGACUGUUCUAGGGUUAUGGUGUGUGGAGACUGUUCUAGGGUUAUGGUGUGUGGAGACUGUUCUAGGGACCAUGUUUGAAAGGUUGUUUUUCGCACCUUUGAACUGGCAAUCUGUUGUUCGAUCUUGCUCUAUUGCACAAAUCAAGUAUGUUUUAUAUAUCUAUAUCUCUGGUCUACUUAAGCCUGUAAGUGCACAAGGUGAUGGCUGGCCUUGCCAGACUUUUUAAUCUGUUAGUAUUGUAGAAAUUAAUGUGAACUGAUAUUUAUAUGAACAUAGCACAUGAACACUUGAAAUAGUUUGUAGAUGUAGUUUAAUAAAUUGAUAAAAGGUUACACACUGAAAGCAGUGGGACAGGAUGCACAUAAUAUGAUGCCAUUAGCAGUCAGUGAACUAUGAGCACAGCUUUGUCAGUUGUAAAUGGGUUAACAACAUGGCUACUGGGCUUGACAAGGCACACUGACUGAGAGACCGGAAGACUGCACAGAUCUGUCAAACUGUAAAUAUUUGUUAUUUAUGCAAUGUUCUGUCUGACCGCAUUAAAUGCAUUUCAUAUUUCUA